CCGCCUCUGUUGCAUAUUAACAACUUGGUGUGGAAAACAGGUAAUCGACCACAUAGAGGAAGACUGUGAAUCUAAGAAGCAAACAACUCAGAGGAGAAACGUGACAAGGACUUGGGUACUGGAUAUUGCUCUUUUAAAACUUCUUAUGGUGGAUCAGAAAAGCUUCUUGUGGUGGAUCAGACAAAGUGGACACACUGGACCCUGGAGCUGAAGCAGCGAAAAACACAACACAGAGCGUCUUUAUCACAUUAUGGACUCUGUUUAACAGCUAAAAAAUAUAAAUGUUAGGAACGUCAGAGCUGAAAAUGGGAACAGUGUGGUGGUUGUUGUGUUUGUGUGUCUUGGGAGUUUUUGCUGUUCCACAUGUUGGCGCCAGUCAGAUUCAUCAUGAAAUUCCAAUCAAUGUGAUCCUCCUGGAUGAUAAAGUGUCUCCCUGGAGUCUGAAGUUUGUGAGAAGAGAAAUACUGAAGGCGAUAGCGACAGAUAACACCAUCAAUACUACAGAAGGUGUGAACUUAAAUCUCACACCUAUCUUUCGCGGGUUCAAUACAUCCUUGUAUCGAGUAAGAGGCUGCAAGAGUAGUACAUGUGAGGGAGUGGAAGAGCUAAAAUCCCUGAUGAGCUCAAAACAGCUGGGAAGUUCUGUGCUUGGGCCCACCUGCACCUACGCUACUGACCAAAUUGUUGAUGCCGAAAAAGGUCUGAAACUCGGUACGCCAAUCAUCUCGGCAGGAAGCUUUGGUCUCUCCUGUGACUACACACUCAAUCUGCAGCGCCUCCUGCCACCGGCACGCAAGAUAUCUCAUUUUUUCAUCAACUUCUGGAAUCUCUCCAACAAAAUCAAAUCUAAAUGGCAAACAGCCUAUGUUUAUAAGAAACAGGAGAACUCUGAGGACUGCUUUUGGUAUAUAAAUGCACUGGAUGCAGGCAACUUUUCCAAACAGUUUCACAGAGCGGUGCUUCGCAAUUCAGAUGAUUUGAAAAAAAUACUUACAUCACCCCAAAACAGGACAAGCAACUUGUUCAUCAUAUGUGGAUCACCAAUGGACGUACUGGAACUGAAAAAUGGCACCAAAGAGGCAGAUAACAGUGAUAUCCUGUUCAUCCUUAUAGAUCUUUACAAUGAUCAAUACUACAUCAACUCAUCAUCACUACCAUUCAUGAAGAACGUGUUGGUGCUGACUAUGCCCAAUACCAGAAACUACAUUAUCAACGCAGACCUUAAAGACAACGACACGAUGAAUGAUUACAUGGCUGCGUACCAUGAUGCUGUGCUGCUGGUAGGAAAGGUGAUGAGGCAAAUUGCAGGAAAGAGUAAGAUGAAAAUACAGCAGACGGAGUUUGUCAGUGUGAAUUACUUCAGAAACAUCUCCUUCAAUGGAAUUGCUGGAAACUACAAGCUGGACAAGUAUGGAGACAGAGACGUGGAUCUCUCCAUCAUUUACACCUCUACUGACAAAGACGAGUACAAAGUUUUAUUCGUAUUCGACACGGAGUCCAAUGAAACAAAAGUGAAUGAGGCAAACCCUUCAUUCAUCUGGGGAAAAAGACUUCCUAAUUACAAACCGGACCAAGGCCCUGAGUCUCAUGACAUCAUUGUCAUCGUGUUGGGUGUCACGGUGGUUGUGGUGGCCACCAUCGCCUUCAUUUUCUACAGACAGAACAGACAAGACCGUCUGCUCAGGAAGCGCUGGUCCCACAUUGCAGCCGAUCUCAUCACCCUUCUGGAGAACAACGAACACAAUGUCAUCUCUCUUAAGAUAGACGACGAAAGGAAAGAAUGUGACUUCAAGAUCCGCCGUGCGUUUUACGAUAGGAAGAUUGUGAUUCUGAAGGAGCUGAAGCACUCAGACGGGAACUUCAAUGAGACACAGAGGAUAGAACUUAACGCGCUCCAGCAAAUCGACUACUACAACCUCACAAAGUUUUAUGGCACAGUGAAGAUGGAUCACGGUGUGUUCGGGGUGUUUGAAUAUGGAGAGAGGGGGUCGCUCAGGUAUGUGCUGAACAACCGGGUUUCGUACCCAGAGGAGACGUUCAUGGACUGGGAGUUCAAGAUCUCCGUCAUGUACGACAUCGCCAAGGGCAUGUCCUACCUCCAUGCCAGUGACAUCCAGGUGCAUGGUCGCCUCAAGUCCACCAACUGUGUGGUGGACAAUCGCAUGGUGGUGAAGAUCACAGACUUCGGCUGCAACUCUUUUCUCAGCCCUGGCAGAGAUUUGUGGACUGCUCCGGAGCAUCUGAGGAGACAGGGCACCUCUCAGAAAGGAGACGUCUACAGCUUUGCCAUCAUCGCUCAUGAGAUUGUUCUCAGAAAGAACACCUUCUACACCGCGUGCUGCUCCAACCGAGCAGAGAAGCUGUCCAGGGUCAUCACGUCCUACUUCAGACCUGAUCUUAACUUUGACACAUCUUCAGAGAAAGAAUCAGAAGUGUACAUGUUGAUAAAAUGCUGUUGGGAUGAGGAUCCAGAAAAAAGACCUGACUUUAAGAAGAUAGAAAACUGUCUGGGGAAAAUCAUCAGUAAAAUUCACAACCAGGACAAUGAGAGCUACAUGGACAACAUGAUCAGACGGCUGCAGAUGUAUUCCAGAAACCUGGAGCACCUGGUGGAGGAGAGAACAGCCCUCUACAAAGCUGAGAGGGACAGGGCGGACUGCCUCAACUACAUGCUGCUUCCUGGCCCAGUGGUGAAAAGCCUGAAGGAGACUGGUGUGGUGGAGCCAGAGCUGUAUGAGGAGGUGACGAUCUAUUUCAGCGACAUAGUUGGUUUCACCACACUGUGCCAGUACAGCACGCCAAUGGAAGUUGUGGACAUGCUCAACGACAUCUACAAGGGUUUUGACAGCAUUGUCGACCACCACGAUGUGUACAAGGUGGAGACCAUUGGUGAUGCCUACAUGGUGGCCUCCGGCCUUCCGAAGCGAAAUGGGAACAGGCAUGCGGUGGAUAUCUGCCGCAUGGCGCUGGACAUCUUGGCCUUCAUGGGUACCUUCCAGCUCCGACACCUGCCCGGUAUCCCUGUGUGGAUACGCAUCGGUGUGCACUCAGGUUCCUGUGCAGCAGGUGUUGUGGGGAUAAAGAUGCCCAGAUAUUGUUUAUUUGGAGACACAGUGAACACGGCAUCUCGUAUGGAGUCUACAGGACACCCCCUGCGGAUCCACGUCAGUCAGCCUACUAUAAAUAUUCUGCAGAGGACAGACUGCAAGUUUGAGUAUGAGAUCAGAGGAGAAACAUAUCUGAAGGGCAAAGGCACAGAGACAACCUACUGGUUGACGGGUGAGACGGGCAAAGCCUACGACCUCCCAACUCCCCCCACGACGGAGAACUUCCAGCGGCUGCAGCAGGACCUCGCCCACAUGAUCCUAAUGUGUCUGGAGCGGCGCACUAAAGGUUCCGUCCGCAGGAAGAAGCUGCUCUUUAGUGAGAGCAAAGACGACGACCAGGAGUCAGGAGUGGAAUCUGAGAGCGACCAUCCUGAGUACCUGCAGCUGGCCACUGUGGAUAACACCCUCAGCACCUUCCUGUAGUGCUGCAGAGUGCAUCACUGUCACAGUCUGACUGAUUCCACUAUUUAGAGUGCGAAGGUUGAGGCAGAAAGCAAAGGAAAGGACUGUUGCAGCGAAUACUACAAAUUAAUUUGUUAAU